CCACGGUUCAUUCACAUCCGUGCGGAUUUUGCUCCCACUGACAUUCGUACGGAAAACCGCCGAUAUGUCCGAAGAAGACGUGAUACCGGUUGUAGUUUUUCAACAUUAUACCACAGUGGCGAAGAUUUCAAGCAAGUGUUGAUCUCAUCAGCGUACGUUGAACGUGGAAUGACAGGAAGUGUUUGUCUGAAAUCAAGCCAUGCAUCUUUAAAGACACCGGAGCUGUGUUCACGUAUGGAAAAAGUAGUUUUGCAGACAACAUUCCUAGUCAUUUUUUCAUAAGAAAUGAUCCUAUAAUCGAAAUUAGUUGUGGAAAUGAACAUUCUGGAAUUGUUUGUAAAAACGGACGAGUUUUUUGUUUUGGUAAAAACAUGUUUGGACAACUAGGCUUAGGACACACGGAAAAUGUUUAUAAACCAAAUUGUGUCAAAAACUUGAAACCAGAUAAAGUAAAGCAUAUAGCAUGCGGACGAUCACAUACUAUUGUUUCGACAGAUAAAAACACGGUCUAUGGAUUUGGCGAUAAUAGCGAAGGACAACUCGGACAACCGAUGAUAGACGUAUUGAACAGUUAUGACCCUAUCAGAGUAACUCAAUUCAACGAUAAUAUCAUUCAAAUAUCUGCCGGGUCAUAUCAUACGGCGGUUCUAUUAGAAAAUGGUGAUGUAUAUGUUUGGGGUUCAAAUAACGAGAGACAACUGGGAAUGGAUACAAUCAACGAUUCGGCCAACAUCAAAAUACCUACUAUAGUGCCGAUCAACCAUCCCGUGGUGUUCAUAUCAUGUGGGCACAAUCACACUGCAUUCGUUACGAAAGUUGGAGAUUUGUUCACGUGUGGCGACCGGGAGUACGGAAAACUCGGCCACGAUCUUUGGUCGCUUAACAAGGUCGAUACGACCGAGAAGAUAGUUCAAGUCGCAUGCGGAGCCAACCACACGGUCGCAUUGAACGAUGCAGGAAAAGUUUUCGUAUGCGGUAAAAACGACUGCGGUCAAAUCGGUUUGCGAAGUGUUACAUCUCAAGGUCAUCUGUACCCUUGCCCCAUCACCAACGAACGAAUUGUUCAAAUAAACUGCGGUGAAAGUCACAGCGCUUUUAUUACUGCAAGCGGUAAACUGUUCAUGUGUGGCGAUGGAAAGUACGGAAAGCUCUGCAUAGACAUUAAUCAAAUAACAAUUCCUAUGCUUGUUUCAAAAUUUGUUGAUAAAAAUUUAAACGUGCAGAUGGUCAGUUGUGGAGGUAAUCAUACAUUAGUUCAUGCCGAGCCGGCCGAAAACGAACUUAUCGACAAUGAUAACGUAAAACAAAUGAAAUCCACAGACACAUUACCCCCAUUGAAGGUUGCAAAAAAAGUAAUCGAAGAACGAAAAGAAAACAUUGAAAUAUUCACUACAAUUACUCCAACUGCCAAUGGUAAUGAACAGGAAGCCUUAAGUGUGAUUAAAAAAAAUGUUAAAGAAAACAAUACAGAUAUGAAUGAUAUGACCGAUCAACAAAUUCAAGUGGAUAAAAAAUCGUAUAACGAUAAUACACCAAAAAUAAAAAAUACAGUUAUAGGUGAUAAAUCGUUUGAAAAAAUAGAAAAAAUAACAAAUAACAUGCUGGUUAAUAAUUCUAAUGAACAAAAAGAAAAAAAAGUAGUAAAUAAAUCAAAAUAUCCUAGAAAUGAGAGAAUACGGUCUCGUUUGUGUGUAUUCAUCUGAAAUUGACGUCAAUUGUAACUUAUUUUCAAAGCAACAAUUUUAAGUGUAUAAUAGAUAAAUCCAACUAGUUAUUGUAAUAUGUUACUACUAUAGUUAUGUUUGUUAUUAGUUUAUUACUAUUACUAUUUCUAUCGUCAUUGUAUAAAUUAAAGAUUCAAUUUACUUUUUUCCAUAAAUACACUAUAGAUAGGUAAUAUGAAAUUAAAUGUAUUUCUUUUUUAAUUACAUUAUUAAAUUUACAGCAAUUAUUAGU